AUGGGAAAAAUCAGGGCCGUGGAGCCGCUGCUGCUGCUGCUGCUGCUCUCAGGUGCCACCCUGUGCCAGCCGCCGCCGUGUCCCCCGGGCCAGCGCGCGGAGGGGGACGGCGCGGGUGCCACCUGCGUGCCGCUGUCGCCGGAGGGGGACGAGGACAGGAUCAUCGGGGGGUACCCGUGCGUGCCCCUGUCCCAGCCCUGGCAGGCGCUGAUCUACGGCCCCCUGCGCUGCGGCGGCGUGCUCGUCAGGCCGCUCUGGGUGCUGACCGCCGCCCACUGCGUGCGCAGGGGUCUGCGCGUCCGGCUGGGCGAGGACGACCUGCAGCGGCGCGAGGGGACGGAGCAGGAGCGCCGGGUGACGCUGGCGGUGCCGCACCCGCGCUUCGACCCGGCCACGCUGGACGCGGACCUGGCGCUGCUGCGGCUCGAGCGGCCGGCGGCCAUCGGCCCCGCGGUGCGGCCACUCGCGCUGCCCCGCGCCUGCGGCCGCGCCGGGGACACCUGCCUGCUGUCCGGCUGGGGGACCGUCACCACGCCACAGGGGUCAGUGACAGGGAUUGGGGACAUUGGGGACAUCUGGGGACUCCUGCCUGCUGUCCGGCUGGGGGACCGUCACCACGCCACAGGGUCAGUGACAGGGAUUGGGGACAUUGGGGACACCGUCACCACGCCACAGGGUCAGUGA